CACAGUCAUAAGCUGCGAUUCCUCCCCUCUCCCUCCCUCUCUCUCUCUCUCUAGCUAGCCUCCGCCUUCCCAUCUGCCCACCAUUCUUAAAUCUUGAAACACCAAUCUGCCGAUCUAAGCAUGACGGCGAAGGUACACCCGAACGUGGCCGUGCCGUCUGUCGGGCUCGGGCAGCCGGCGGCGGUGGCGGUGGCGGUGUCGCCGCCGGCCGACGAGGAGCCGGUGACCCUAACGGUGUGGCGCAAGUCGCUGCUGUUCAACUGCAGGGGGUUCACGGUGUUCGACGCCCGCGGCGACCUCGUGUACCGCGUGGACACCUACGCCUCCGACUCCCGCGCGGAGGUGGUGCUCAUGGACGCCGCGGGCCGCCCCGUGCUCACCGUCCGCCGCAGGCAGAGGCCGAUCGGCCUCGGGCUGGGCGCCGACCAGUGGCUGGUGUACCCGGGCGAGGAGGCCCGGCGCCUGCCCCCGCUCUACGCCGUCAAGCGGCCGGCGGCGCAGUACAUGCGCGGCGGCGGCGGCGGCGCCAAGUCCAUGGCGCACGUCGCGGCUAGCUCUGGAGGCGCCGGCGCCGGCGGCGGCGGGUACGAGGUGGAGGGGUCGUACCUGCGGCGGCGCUGCACGGUGUACGACGAGCGGCGGCGGGCCGUGGCGGAGGUGCGCCCCAAGGAGGCCGUGGGCUCGGACGUGUUCCGGCUGGUGGUGCAGCCCGGGAUGGAGGUGUCGCUGGCCAUGGCCGUCGUCCUCGCGCUCGACCAGAUGUUCGGCAAGCCGUCGCUGCUCAGGAGCUGGUCCUCCUAGCGGAGCCUGUAUACCGCCCGGCCCGCCGUGCCGUUCCAUUGCCGUGGGUGCUUUGUUUCCCCUUCUUUAGCACCCCCAAACCCAAUUGUUUGGACCCGGGAGCACAACGAUUGCUCUCCAGGCUGCUGUAUUUUUCGUUCCCUUGUGUCUUUGAUACCAAAGCCGAUUAACUGGGGUCAAUUAGGAUGUGAACGUGGAUUGAAACUCCUCAUGGCGUGUGCGUGUGGUUCAGUAAAACCACGCACCUUGUAAUGAGGGAGCAAAGUGUAAAUUCUUCCCCAAAAAAAGGAACAAAAAAAAGAGGUUAGAGUAGGACAAUUCCCAUGUCUCUUUGUUUUCC